AUGAGCUGUGGCUCCAAGCAGACCUCCAAAAGCUGCCUGCGAGGGGGCAGCACUGGCAGGGCUGGCAGUGGUGGGGGUGGAGGGGGCAGCACGUAUUCCUCUGACUCCUCAAGAACCACCAUUUCUAGGAGAAGUGGUGGCGGCAGGAUUUCUGGCAGCAGUUGUGGCGGAGGAAGUUCCAGGAGCAGCUACGGCGGGGGAGCCCGCGCUAUCAGCUAUGGGAAGAUCAGGCGCAGUAGCUAUGGGGGAAUGAGCAGUGGCUGUUACGGAGGGGGAAUGAGCGGUGGUGGUUACGGAGGGGGAAUGGGCUGUGGCGGCAUGGGAGCAGGCUUUGGACUGAGUGGGAGCGGGUUCGGUGGUUAUGGAGGAAGCUUUAGUGGAGGUGGUGCCGGUUUCAGUGGCGGCAGCUUCGGCAGGGGUGGCUUUCAUGGAGGGAAUAUGGGAAUUCUCUCCAACGAUGAGAAGCUGAUGAUGCAGAGCCUUAAUGAACGCCUGGCUUCGUACAUGGAUACGGUCAGAAAUUUGGAAAUGGAAAAUGCUCAUCUUGAACAAUUGAUCAGGGAGUGGUACCAGAAGCAAGGCCCGGCUGGUACAAAGGACUACAGCCACUAUAAUAAGGAAAUUGAAGACCUUCAAAAUCAGAUCGUGGCUGCGGCUGUGGAAACCAGCAAGACAGUUCUGAACCUGGAUAACACAAGGAUGACUGCAGAAGACUUCAGGAUAAAGUACGAGAUGGAAUGUGGUCUCCGGCAGAACGUGGAGGCCGACAUUAAUAGCUUGCGACCCUUUCUGGAUAGUCUGACCCUGAGCAGGUCUGACAUGGAAAUGCAAUUUGAGUCUCUAAAGGAGGAUAUUAUCAACCUCAAGAAGAGCCAUGAGGAGGAAAUGAGAUUGCUGCAAGCACAGGCCGGUGGUGAUGUGAAUGUGGAGGUGAAUGCAGCUCCAGGAGAGGAUCUGCUGAAAAAACUGAAUGAUAUGAGACAAGAAUAUGAAAAUAUUAUUCAGAGAAACCGUGAAGAGGUUGAAAAGUGGUACGAAAUCAAGAUGGAGGAAGUGAGUCAACAAGUCCACUCAAGUGGCCAGGAAGUGGAAUCGAACAACCAACAGCUCUCUGUGCUGAGACGUGACUAUCAGAGCCUGGAAAUCGAGCUGCAGUCCCAAAUCAGCAUGGUCGACUCUUUGCAAUCCAACCUGGAAGACACAGAACGUCGCUACAACAUGCAGCUGCAGCAGAUCCAGAGUCUGAUCAUUCCCUUGGAGGAGGAGUUGGCCAGCAUCCGCUGCGAGAUGGAGAGUCAGAACCAGGAGUACCAGAUGCUCCUGGGCAUCAAGACCCGCCUGGAACAGGAGAUUGCUCAGUACCGGGCUCUGCUGCAGGAGGGACAGCAAGACAUUGCCAUCUCACAGGGAGGAGCUGGCGGCGGAUCUUCUGGAAGAGGAGGUCAUGGAGGAACUAGCUGGUCUUCUGGAAGAGGAAGUAGUGGAGGAGGAAGUAGUUGGUCCUCAGGUGGAGGAAGCAGUGGAGGAAGAAUUGGAGGAUCCUAUGGAAGAACUUCCUCUUCCGGAGGUGGAGGAGGAGGGAUUGGAGGAAGUACAGGAGGUAGACCCUGUGAUAAAACUUCAAGUGGAGGAGGUGGCAGUGGUGGAGGAGGAGGGGGAAAAUCCUGCCUCUCCCAUUCUUCAUCCUCCCAUUCCCAGUCUGGCAAGUCUUGUGAAAGCCCGGUUCCAGGAGGUCCCGAAAACCUGAAGCUCUGCCUGGAAGGGAAUAAAACAUUGGAGAGAGGAGCAACGAUGGAGGAAGUGUCUGAAGCCAUAAAAACAAUGAGAAUGGGGAGUUUUAGGAAGUCUGAGGACUGA